UCAGAGGCUGUCCCAAAGCUUUCAGCCGGCGCUCAGAUCUGAUGCGACACGCACGCAUUCACUCCAACGAGCGCCCCUACGCGUGUCCAUACCAGGACUGUGGCAAGACCUUCAUUCAGCGAUCGGCCCUGACGGUACACACGCGCGUUCACACAGGCGAGAGACCUCAUGUGUGCGAUACUUGCUUGAAGGCCUUCUCCGACUCAAGCUCGUUGGCUCGCCAUCGACGUAUCCACUCAGGUCGUCGACCUUACCGAUGUCUCGUUGAGGGCUGCGGCAAGAGCUACUGCCGUAAGACGACAUUGACAAAGCACACUCGCCGCAACCAUGCAGCCGUGAUUAAAAGCAGCCACGGUCGGGAUCAGGGCACCAUAGGUCCGGUGACAAUUGGUAGCAAUUCUGGACCAUUGCCUUCGUUCAGCUUUCGAGCGGGCAUGGCAAGAAGCCACAGCGACUUGCCGUCCUUCAUUGGCAGCAGCUUUGGUAACUCUGGCUUUGGAGCUCCGGCCGAACAGCAGGCAGGGUUACUUUACUACAACACGUACAGCGAGACCAACAGCAAUAGCAUCGAUGGCACCCAAGAGAGUGCGCCAACGUCGAGACGGAGCAGUGCUGACUAUCACACCUCCUCGAGCACCAUGACGCAGCCCCAGAGCCCGUCGGUCACGUCGCCGCCCACGACAGUAUACCUACACCAAAGCUUCGCACAGCCGAGCUACUACUACCCUACCAGUGCCAGUGUCUUGCCUCCACCUCCCCCGGCACCUUCUGGCGAUUUGUACAGCCCCAAGGGGAUCUCUCAGGACGAAGCUUCAGGUCGCCAUCACCACCAGCCGGACCGUGACUACCAGCAUCAGCACAUGCAACACCCUACCCCUCAGCACCACACCCCUCAGCGAGGACACCAGAUCAUGCCGUCCAUUGACGGUCAAAGCUCCUUCGCGUCGAGCGAACUGCCUUCGAUGGACGCACCGGCGACCCCCUUGCAGAAUUCGUCGUUUCCAAAGAGCGAAAACUCGCUUCCGGCCACGACGACCUCUGCUUGUUUCUCGUUCUACGAACCUUCGACUCCGAUGCCUCUGUCACUGCAGUCUCCUUACAACGCGCAUCAGCAGCACCAUGGCCACUUCAGCGCUCCAGCUCAUCCUCAACAGCAGUGUCAACAGCAACAGCCAACGGUCUCCCAGGUCCGCCUUCCGCCACUUACGCCCGUUCAGCAUUUUCAUCAUAAUCAACAACAGCAGCAACAGACGAGAUACAUGUCUGAGCAUGGCGCUAUGAGAGCGCAGCAGCUCUACGCGGAAGGAGUGACCGCAAAGGUCGAAGAGACUCAUCAAUGACGACGAUGUCAGGGCGUCGUCGACUGAAAGAAAAACAAUAUGGUAAAGUGGUCGAAGAAAAGGAAAAUAGGAUCGAAUCGGUGAUUGCGUGACGACAUGAGGAUGCGGCUCGAGGAACGAUCGGCAAAAGUACCAUCACCGGCCAAAAUCGAGAGAAAGUUGCGAUCGAGAACAAUCGCCACCCACGGCCCUCCAUGAUACCCAUGUCGAGUCUUUUGUCACUUUCUACUUCUCUCAUGGCCCAACGUGGACAACCGCAAGAGGUC